UUUUUGUUCUAAAAAUAUUUUUUAUUGAAUUUUAUUGUCAAGGCUAAGAUAUUUCCUUAUGAGAUAUCCGGAAUCUCUGUGUCUCAUUGGUUCCUCUGAGACAUCAUGUUACUCUGCAACAGCCAUGGAGUUGUUUCCCACUCCAAGAAACUCAACUGCUGUGCCUUUCCUCUCUGCGCAGGUUGAUUAUCCUCGCUACUCCGAUGUUUCAACCAUUGUUAAAUCAAGGUCCAUGGAGAAGGAGCCAAAAACUGCUCAGUUAACAAUUUUUUAUGCAGGGCAAGUUGUUGUGUUUGAUGAUUUUCCUGCUNNUGAGGUGGAGGAGAUAAUGUUAUUUGCUAGCAAAGGAGUAUCCCAAAAUCAAAAAUCCUUUGCACAUGCUCACACUCAUAAUAACCAGCAGAAGAAUCAUCCUUUAGUUAUUCCCAAUACCACCCCUCAAGUACCACCCAAACCAUUUUUUUGUGACAUAUCAAUUGCUAGGAAAGCUUCACUUAGUCGGUUCCUUGAGAAGAGAAAAGAUAGAAUUGCUGCCAAAGCGUCAUAUCAAACAAACAAUCGCAACUCUUCUAAUAAGCUUGGAUUAUGUGCUAAGCCAACACAUAUUUGAGUGCAGUUGCAAUUCUAAGUUUUUUUUGUUCUUUGAUAUUUGAUUUGCUAGCUCUCUCGUGUUUAACUUCUCUUCUAUGACUAUUAUGAUAGAUAUAACAUUAAUCGUAUUAGAUUUUUGGCUCCAAUUAUUAUGA